AUGUCAUUGCAUACAUUUCAUAAUCUUCACAUCGUCAAUCUGCUAAACCCUGGCAAGUCACGUUCUGCAAUCCACUAUGCUUCCAUGCUUCCAACUUCAAUUUUGUUACACAACAAGGUUUCAGCUCGUGUGAUUGAGGAGGAAGGUGAAACAGUUUCAUCUCUGAGGAUAUUAAAUCAAGAAAAAGAAUACAUAAAGAGGAAAUCUAGAAGAAAAAAGGAAAGAAGUUGCCUGAGAAAACCCUGGAUUUCUUAUGGACUUAAUUGGGGUCUGGCUGGAAAAGGUGUGAUUGUGAAGGAUAAAGCUUUCCAAAACUUGAAGUCUUCUGAAUUGCAACAAAAAGGUGCAACUAUUGCAGAAUCCUUGUCAGGGCUUCCACUUCAUGUUAGAGGAACUCUUGGGGGAACUUCAACAAUUUCAAAGGCACAAUAUAGUAAACUUUUGAAGCAGGUCACAACUCACAUGUCGUCAAUCUCAAACAUUUUUGUCCAUGAUGGGGCUAUCGGUUUAUCACCAGAAUCUGAUGCUAAAGUUCGUGUGAUUAGUGACAAUCCAUCUCCUUUAUUGACACUUUCAAAUGUUCUUUGGGAGACACCUAUUCGUGCUGUCUCCCAUGAUUCAUGUCCUUUAACAGUCUAUGCAGCUACAUCAAUAAGUACAGCUGUUGGGGAUGUCAUUGGGCUUGGAGCUUAUGGAAAUAAUGGAUUUAUAGCUGCUGAUGUUGAGCGAUCCUCGCUUAUUUUGUGUGGUAAAGCAUUUGCUGAUAUAAAUGGAACUAAAUUAGCAUUAGCUGCUUUAUCUGAGCCAGUUAUAUCUGCACGUGGAGGCCUUCCAAUAUCUGCUAGUUCUGGUAGCAUCCCCUCUGUAUCAGAACUCUCUCCGGGUCAAGCUGCUUACCACUUUUUGGCUGGCUAUCAAAAUGGGGACUUUGUGCCUGCUUACGCUAAAGGUCCUACCUCUAUUGGUGCAUUAGAUAUUGCAAAGGCCCUUCUCUCUAAGUUGAAAGAGCACCUGAUACCGACCUUCCUUGUCAAUGUUGGUCAUGGAGAAAAGAAUGUUACAGGCAAUGAUAUUUUCAAGUUGGUUAGAUCAGAAAAUAUUGAACCAUUUAAACCUAAAGGCGGAGACCUUAAAAGGAAAUAUGAAAGCUUCUUGUCAGGUAAGUUUCGAGAAAUACCAAAAGAAUUCUCAUUCUAAGAGCCAAGUUCCAUAAAGUACAGUGCCUAACACAUAUCCGAACAUGUGUAUAAUAAGUAUAGAUCUUUCAUAUAUGUGCACAUGUCCAUAUUCAACACAUUUUGACCUUGUUGAAAUUUUAACCUCUUUGAUGACA